CUCAAAUUAGGAUAACAACUGGUGCCUAAUCUAUCGUAUUCUCUACACUUGACCUCAUACGAUUUCUUUACUACCUACAGAAAAAUUUUCUUUGGGUACACAAUACGAGUAUCGAUUGAUGAUUCAAUUCUUUUUUUUUGGGCGGGAAAUGGCGAAAUGAAAUCAGGAUGCUGUAUAUGACGACUCCUUCCCUAAGAAAGUAAGAAAGUUACCAUUGGCAUUCGGGUCUGCCGCUUAAAUUGAAAUACAUGCUACAUGCAAUGAAGCAUUAAUAAUCAUUGAAGAUAUGUGUCUCAAAAUUGCGCAUAAAGCAUUAUCACAGUUAUCUAUGAUUUCACCUGAUCGUCCGAUGCAUGAUUUGAUGGAUCAAGAAUUGCAACGUGAACAACAAUUCAAUUGUGACGAAUUGAUUGAAUUUGUGCAAUCAAAUAUUGACAAAUUAAAUGAUCAACAAAACUAUGUAUACCAAACAAUUUUGCAAGCAAGAAGAAUUGGUCGAAUGCGUUUUCACAAAUAUCAUUCAGAAUCACAGAAGCCAUGAUUGGUUAGCAGAAUGUUCAAUAUUGGCACCGAAGAAUAUACAGGUCAAUGCAAUGAACUUCAAAAUUCAAAAAAAACUGCCAGGUGAAGUCAUAACUUAUAAAUCCAUUGACAGCGUUAUGGAUGAAAAGGAAGCUGUGAAUUAUCCAAUUGAAUUUCUGAAUUCAUUGGACCCACCUGGUACACCGCCACAUCUUUUGAAUUUAAAGGUCGAUUCACCAAUCAUAUUACUACGGAAUAUCAAUCCUCCAAAAAUGUGUAAUGGUACACGACUGGUAAUAAAGAAGCUAAUGCCAAAUUUGAUUGAAGCAACUAUACUCAAUGGCAAAGCGAAAGGCGAAAAUGUGCUUAUACCACGUAUUCUAAUGAUUCCAACAGACAUGCCAUUCGAUUUCAAACGUCUGCAAUUUCCGGUGCGUUUAUCAUUUGCCAAGACUAUUAACAAAGCACAAGGACAAACAUUUCAAAUAUGCGGAGUAAAUUUGGAAGAAUCGUGGUUUUCACAUGGGCAAUUAUAUGUUGCAUGUUCGAGAGUCGGUACUGCACAUCGUUUAUUCAUUCAUGCACCGGACAGUAAAACUAAAAACGUUGUUUAUCAAAAUGUUUUAGAUUAGAACUCGAAUUUUUGAGAUUUACAAUUUAUUAUAUACGCUUAUGUAAAAAUAAGAGGAAACUGAAGAAUAAAUACUUUCAAAGUUUGAAGAGUA